AGGGAUCCCUCAGAACAGCUGAGGAACCACGCCACUGAACAACACUCUACUGAGGAUCAAUAUACACACAUUUAAUCAGGUAUCAUGACCCUACAGAGUAAUGACGCCCAUCAUCCGUCAUACGAUUCGUGAUCUCAUCCUUAUUAGUACGAACCGAUUGCCCGUUUUGGAAGAAACAUUUCUGACAACGCUAUUGAGAUAUUCAAUCAGUAAAGCCGUUCUGACUAUGCAGGCAUUCACUCAAGGCUGUCUCUCUGAUAUAUGUACAAAGCCGGAGAUUCCGUGGGCUACCUCAUGUAUAUGACGAGGCGACACCAGUCAUUAGUGCAACACGAGGCGGGUCAGUCAAUCUGUAAGACUGUUUGGUAGUGUUAGGUGCCUUCCUGAUACCAAAUCGGUUGCUCAGUGUCAAUCCGUGAGAUAUCGGCAUUGGCCAACGGAGAUACGAGAGCAGCAAGACUUCUAGUUCUUAUAUUUCUGUCAGUAUUUUUAGUGUAUCAGGAGUAGCAUUUUAUUAUUCUUCUAUUGAG